AUGGCCAGAAUCCUGCAACUAUCCCUCCUGGCUCUAUUAUCCCUCUUCCACAUCCCCUUUUCUCUUGGCGUUCCGGCUACCGAUCUAGAUGGCUUUAUCGAUGAAUACCUAAGCGUCAACUAUCAUCGAGCUGAGGUCGACGUUCCUCCACUCAAGUGGAAUGCGAGCUUGGCGGUGGUGGCAAGCGAUCUGGCCGACCAACUAGCCGACAGCAUAACACCAUCCGACGCGCCACCACAUUACGGUGGUUUUGGGGUGACUACUUACAUAUCAUGCUACGAUAUUCCGCCAAUGGCACAGCGCGCUGUGUGGGGAUGGUCUCAGCAGAGGACUGCAUACAACUACACCACGAAUUCAUGCAUCGAGAAUCGGAAGUGCAGCGACUACACGCAGAUGGUAUGGAAGAAUUCGACCGAGUUUGGAUGCAGUUUGGGAAGAUCAUGUAAUGAGCCCUCGUGCUCGCCUCCUGAGGCCACCUUUUCAUAUCCCACACUGUUUGUGUGUGUGUAUAAUCCCCCGGGGAACACAAGUGCCCAGCGCCCAUAUUAG